CCACAACUUGUAAACAACAGAGUGUAGCCCGCGAGGGGCUCAGGGGCUCAGGCUACAACAACACUUCCACUACCACACACCGGCGUGCUAGCACACUCUCAAGACAUCGUCGUCGCCCCCUAAAUCAACACCACAACACUCUCAAGAUGUGGAAGAGUGUGAGUGUGUCACGAGGCGUGGCGAGACAGUGGUGGUGUGUGGAGAGGGGCGACUGGGGGAGGCUGGGGUGCGCAGCGGCCAGUCUGGGGGCCGCACAUCAAGGCUACAGUCAUCCACCAACUCCCCACAAUACACGAACUUUACACAUGAUGUUGAGUGCUCAUCAGCCAGUGAGCUACUCAACACGAAGACUAAAGCAUAGGUACUCACGUGGUGGAGGUGGGGGCAGUAAGGAUGAUAUAUCACAUCUCUUCAUUCCAGUACCAGUAAAGGCAAGGCAAGAUGAAAUUAAUGUUGGGGAAGAAAUGGCUGGCCCACUAAAGAAAGAGGAUAUCUUACGUAUCAUGAACCGUUUCUAUGCCGAUGAAAGUAUUAAGGAAUUGGCAAAAGAAAAUGGAUUGGACAACUACCUUUAUCAGCAGACAUUCAUAAGUUUCCGUAAAUUCUGCCUGGAAUCUGAAUCAUUGCCUGUUGAUCUUCACAUCAUUAUCAGUGACAUUAUUCAGGGUGCAGGUCAUAUCAACGACAUAUACACAAGUUUUUUGAAGCACGCUCGGAAAAUAUUCCCACACUUAAUGUGUAUGGAUGAUCUAUAUAAAAUAUCAGAUUUGUCAAAUCCUCCAAAUUGGUACUCUGAAGCUCGGGCAUUGAACCGUAAAAUAAUAUUUCACGCAGGUCCUACCAAUAGUGGGAAGACGUAUCAUGCCAUGGAGCAGUUCCUGACUGCUGAGUCUGGUGUAUACUGUGGCCCUCUCAAGCUCUUGGCUACUGAAGUCUUUCAUAAAAGCAAUAAAAGAGGUACACCUUGUGACCUCGUUACUGGGGAGGAAAGAAGGUUUGGUAACACGGACGGGUCAUCAGCAAAUCAUGUCGCUUGCACUGUGGAAAUGGCAUCUGUUAAUAACCCUUAUGAUGUGGCUAUAAUUGACGAGAUUCAGAUGGUACGAGACCCAACGCGAGGCUGGGCUUGGACUCGAGCCUUACUUGGUCUUUGUGCAAAGGAGGUUCAUGUAUGUGGGGAAGCUUCAGCUAUUGGCCUUAUAAAUGAGCUAGCAAUUGCAACUGGAGAAGAGGUGGAGGUUAGAAGAUACAAGAGGCUGACAGAGUUAAUCAUAGAAAGUUAUGCCUUGCAAAGUUUUGACAAUAUUCACCCGGGGGACUGCAUUGUUUGCUUCAGCAAGAGAGACAUUCACUAUGUCACUCGGGAAAUUGAACGAAGGGGCCAUGAAGUAGCGGUUAUUUAUGGUGGUCUCCCGCCAGGCACCAAACUUGCUCAAGCUUUUAAGUUCAAUGAUCCUAGCCAUAAGUGCAAGAUUCUUGUUGCCACAGAUGCCAUUGGGAUGGGCCUCAAUCUGAGCAUUCGACGCAUCAUCUUCUAUUCUCUGAUAAGGCCAAACAUUAAUGAAAAGGGAGAGGUCGAAAUGGAAACGAUCAGUGUGUCAUCAGCACUGCAGAUUGCGGGGAGAGCUGGUCGUUACGGUACACAAUGGGAGAAAGGCUAUGUAACCACCAUGAAGUCUGAAGACCAUUCAACGUUAUGUCGUCUUCUGUCUCGUGUGCCUGAGGACAUUGAGCAGGCGGGGCUCCACCCGACAGCAGACCAAAUUGAAUUGUUUGCUUAUCAUCUACCCAAUUACACUCUCUCCAACCUUAUUGAUGUGUUUGUAAAUUUGUGUACUGUGGAUUCAUCAUUGUACUUCAUGUGCCUGAUGGACGACUUCAAGUUCUUGGCGGAUUUGAUUCAACAUAUUCCACUCCCACUUCGCUCGCGCUAUGUCUUCUGCUGUUCUCCAAUCAAUAAGAAGAUGCCAUUUGUGUGUGCAAUGUUCCUGAAGUUUGCUCGGCAGUAUUCUCAGAAUGAGCCUGCAACGCUGGAGUGGCUGUGUCAUCAGGUUAAGUGGCCGUUUUCAACGCCGAGCACUCUUCUGGACCUGGUUCAUCUAGAGGAAGUUUAUGAUGUCUUUGAUCUGUAUCUCUGGCUAAGUUACCGAUUUGUUGACAUGUUUCCCGAGGGGGAAUUAGUCAGAGACCUACAAACAGAACUUGAUGGAAUGAUUGAUAACGGCGUGGCACAAAUUGUCAGACUUAUCCGUAACUCUGACACGCGUACCUCAAAUACUGCAGCAGACACAGAAGACACAUUUAUCAUGGAUCAGAAAAAGAAGAACACAUUUAGAGACUCGUUGAAGAACGCUGAACAUUUGCCACCAGAGAUGGAACAGAACACAGUUGCCACAGUGAAACAGAAUUCUCGGGUCCCCAGCAGGACAACUAGAAGAAUCUUUUCUCGUGGUAGUCUCACCGAGCGACUCUUGGCACAGGGAUUACUCUCUCCCAAGAUGUUGACAGAACUGCAGCGGGAAUGGCAAGAGCAGAGCAGUGAUGACGGCACCGACAGUCCACCUAUUAAGCCAAAAAAAGGUAAACAAAGUAGACGGAAGACUUAACGCUAUGCCAAUUUUAUAAAGGUGAGCCAUGUGAUUAUAAUGGCCACUUGAGCAAUUGAUAUCAUGUUGGUAAUGAAAUAUUGCUGUAUUUUAUGUUUGAUUAUAUAUUUAUAAAUCACUCCUACAUUAUAGCUGUGCAUUUUAAUUAUGUACAGUUUAGCUGCAGUACAAGUAUUGUAAUUAUGAAAUUAAACUAUAUUUAAAAAAAAAUGUGCUUUCUAACCUCUAACCAUUUUUUGUAACC